AUGAGAAAUUGCAUUAUUGGUGAUCCUCUCCCUAUUCCUCACAGCUAUUUCCAACCUGGUGAUCUCAUCAUUGGUGGCAUUACCUCUCUUAUGUUUAUGCCUACAGAACUAGAUAACUUCCUGGAAGAUCCCCAUCUUUCAUUUCUUGGUGAAGCUGUAGUCCAGACUAAGUUUUAUCAGCAUAUUUUGGCUUUGAUAUUUGCUGUGAAGGAGAUCAAUGAAAACCCUCAGAUCUUGCCCAAUGUCACCUUGGGCUUCAAUAUUUUUGACAGCUAUGACAGAAGAAGGACUUACCAUGCCACACUGGAACUUUUUUCACCUCUGAAGAGACUGAUCCCAAACUAUAAGUGUGGCAUCCAGAACAACCUGGUCUCUGUCAUUGGGGCUCUUUAUUCUGAAACCUCCAUUGACAUGGCAGAUAUCUUGAGAAUCCACAAACUACCACAGUUUAUAUAUGGGUCCCAUCCAGAGAUGCAGGAUCAAAGUGAAUCCUUGUCCUUCUAUCAGAUGGCCCCAGAUAAAAAUGUUCAGUACCAAGGAUUUCUUCAGCUGUUUGUGCACUUCAAGUGGACCUGGGUUGGGAUCCUUGUGAGGGAAGAUGAUGAUGGAAGAUUUGUGAGGGUGGCCUUUGCAACUUUUCUUCUUCAUGGCAUUUGCAUUGCCUUCUUAAAAAGAAUUAAACCAUUUUACAUCAGUAGCUUAUUCAAGGAUCUGGAGUGGCUAGUAGAAACAUUUUAUGUCUCUAUGAACAGUAAAGCCAAUGCAGUAAUUGUCUAUGAAAGAACUCUUCUGCAUCUGAGGUUGUUGCUGUACCUUUCUAAAAUGGAACUAGUGUCUAUGGAGCCGAAAGGUAAAGUGUGGGUCAUGCCCACCCAAAUGGAUCUUGCAUCUGUGUUUUACCAAAGGAGCUGGGAUAUUCAAGACAUCCAUGGUGCCCUGUCCUUUUCAGUUUAUUCCAAUGAAGUUCCAGGAUUUCAGCAAUUUGUGCAGGUGAGGGGCCAUUUCUUAUCAAAAGAAGAUGGCUUCAUCAAAGAUGUGUGGGUGCAUGCAUUUGACUGUGCAUUUCCCAAUCCCGUGGUGAAUGAGAAAGAUCGUGACAUUUGCACUAUGCGGGAGAAACUGGAGAACCUUCCUGGGUCUUUUUUUGAAAUGAGGAUGACUGGGCAUAGCUAUAAUAUAUACAAUGCAGUGUAUGUUGUAGCCCAUGCUUUACAUGCUAUGAAGACUGAACAAAAGCACAAUGGGAUACUGAAAGGAGGGAAACUGAAUAUUCAGGAGCAACAGCCAUGGCAGCUCCACCAGUUUCUGAAAAGGAUCUCAUUUAAUAACAGUGCUGGGGAUAGGAUUCUGUUUGAUCAGAAGAGGGAAUUGAUAGUUGGAUUUGAUAUCAUAAACUGGGUCACAUUCCCGAACCAGUCCUUCCAUCGAGUAAAAGUUGGGAAGCUGGAUCUCUGGGCUGGUGAAGAGAAAAUGUUCACCAUUCAUGAGGAAGCCAUCACCUGGCCCAGAACAUUCAACCAAACCCUGCCUGUUUCGGUGUGUACAGAGAGCUGCCUCCCUGGUUAUUUCAAAAGAAAGCAGGAAGGGAAGCCAUUUUGCUGCUAUGAUUGUCUUCCAUGUCCCAAAGAGAAAAUUUCAAGCCACAAGGACAUGCAUGUUUGUACUAAAUGCCCAGAAGAGCAACAUCCAAGCAUGGACCAAGAUUCAUGUCUUCCCAAGAAGAUAUCUUUCUUAUCCUAUGAAGAACCAAUGGGAAUAAGUUUAGUCAUUCUGGCACUUUUUUUUUCUUUCUGCACAAUUGUGGUGCUGGCAACAUUUCUGAAGAAUCACCAUACUCCCAUUGUCAAGGCCAAUAACCGAAAUCUCACUUAUGUUCUACUCAUCUCCCUUUUCCUCUGCUUCCUUUGCUCACUGCAGUUCCUCAUUGCACCAGGCACUAUAAUAUGUCUCCUCCGACAAAUUAGCUUUGGCAUCAUCUUCUCAGUGGCUGUGUCUUCUGUGCUGGCAAAAACCAUCACUGUGGUUCUGGCUUUCAUGGCCACCAAGCCAGGAUCCAGGAUGAGGAAAUGGGUGGGAAGAGGACUCGCCACCUCCAUUGUUCUUUCUUGUUCUCUGAUUCAAGCAGGCAUCUGUACGGUGUGGCUCUUCACAUUUCCACCUUUCCCUGAUGUUGACACCCAUUCAGAAACUCAGGAAAUCAUCCUGCAGUGCAAUGAAGGCUCAGCUACUAUGUUCUACUGUGUCCUGGGCUACUUGGGCUUUCUGGCAGCUGCCAGUUUCACGGUAGCAUUUUUCUCCAGGAAGCUCCCCAGCAGUUUCAAUGAGGCCAAAUGUCUCACCUUCAGCAUGCUGAUCGUCUGCAGUGUGUGGCUCUCAUUUGUUCCGUCCUACCUGAGCACCAAAGGGAAAUACAUGGUGGCUGUGAAGGUUUUCUCCAUUUUGGCUUCUAGUGCUGGGUUGCUGGGCUGCAUAUAUUUCCCCAAAUGCUUUGUAAUCCUUGUUAGGCCAGAGCUAAACAGUAGAGAACAAUUCAUUAAGAGAAAAAAAUAG